AUGAAGCGAGUCGCCCUCAUGGGCGCGCUUGCUGCGCUGCUAUCGGCUCACAAAGCCGCAGCGCUACACCUUAGCAAGGACACCUUUACGUCACCGCACGACGGCGACCUGCAGUUCUCGCACAUGGGCAAGGUGUACGGACCGGAUGCCAACAAAGGGGCGGACAACGCGACGGAAGUCUCAGGCUCGGCCCCUGCGACAACAACACCCGGGUCUAGCGGCAACACGGACGACGUAAAGGGCGGAUCGGAGCGCUCAAUGGACAACGUACCCGUAGCCGACCUAAAGAGGGCCGACAGUGGCAGCGGGGGCACGAAUAACACCUCUACCAACAAUACGACGAGCACGAAUACAAACACGAACAACUCGACGCAAUCGGACAAUAACAGCAAGACGGAUCAGUCUCAGUCGUACCAGCACCAAACGACGCACGGCGCCACCAACUACAGGGGUGACACGUCAACGAGUGUGACCAACAACUUCUUCAACCCACCCAUGCCCGAGUACGCUUCGGAGGUAUACCCGAAGGGCGCCAAGCUCGAAUUGCAGUACCUCUGGAAACGAAUCAACGUGAUUGACGACAAACUCGAUAGGCUCAUGCCCAUAGCUGCGGGGGACCCGAGGCUGGACCCGAGCAAACGCAAAGGGCUCAUCAUAACUUUUGAUGCGCAGUCGGACCCCGACAGUCCUACGCUGAACCUAGAAGACAGUUACAGUGAUAACGAUGCAUUGUGA